CAAGAAAUUCAAGUAAUUAACUCUUGAUGAGUUCAGCACAGCUGUUAACUGAAAGCCUGAAUUCCAGGAGACUCUACCUCAUAAAACUGACUGAGAAAAUCCAGCAGAGAUGAAUAAAACUGAUCAUCUAAGAAAGUUCUCUAUUCUGUUUUCUCUCUCUUUCUCUGUAUCUCAGACUCUGGAGGCGGUACUGAGUUUCCGGUACAGUGGGGGGAUGGGGCAGGUGGAGGGAUACUACAGGGAGAUCAGUCUCGGGGUGAAGGUGGAUGUGGAGCCGUCAGUCUUCUUCACCAGGGUCAGCACACUGCCAGCAACCAGUACUCGUCAGUGCCAUUUGCUGCUGGAUGUGUUUAACCCCACAGAGCAUGAGCUUACACUCAGCGCCAGAAACCAGCAGCUCAUACUGCACUCCAGCGAGUGCCAGAGGAUGGCCAUCCAGGUGGACAAGUUUGACUUUGAGAGUCUGCCAAUGCCGUCCCACGAUGCAGUGCGGCAGAGCACAGUGUAUCAGCAGGAGGAGGAGAGGCAGCAGGUCCAGGGUGGACAGAUCAACAGCACACUGGACCUGCGCUGGAGCAUCCCGUCUCUGAGGCGGCAGGGGGAGGCCAGUGUGGAGGGGGUGCUGACACAGCUCGUGCUGGAGCAUCUGCAGCUGGCACCGCUACAGUGGGACGUGCUGGUGAACGGUAAGGCGUGUGACUGUGACGUGGUGGCGGACUGUAAGGUGGGCGACGCCGUGCCGCUGGAGGUGAAACUGACCAAUCGCAGUAAAGGUCCCGUGGGCCCGUUCUCCCUUACCGUCGUACCGUUUCAGGACUAUCAGAACGGAGUCCAGAACUACGAGCUGCAGGACGCCGUCACCUUCAUCGGCUCCAACUCCUUCUACAUCGACUCGGUGAACCCGGCGGGAGACUCCACCUGUGUGGGCGCUCUGCUCUUCCUCUACACAGGUGAUUUCUACCUGAACAUUAAGUUCCAGGACGACAGCGCCGGCCGAGACCUCCCACCCGCCUGGUUCUGCCUGCCCAGCGUCCACGUCAGAGCUCAGGAGCCAAUCCAGGCAGCCGCCUGAGACCACCUGACUUUCUGAAGACUGUAUCUACUAUACUACUGCAUCUUAAAAAAUUAGAAUAUCAUUAAAAAGUUACUUUAUUUCAGUCAUUCAGUUCAAAAUGUUAAAAAAAAAGUCCCAGAAAAUUGGAAUAUUAUAUAAGGCCAAUUGGUAAUUGGUUUUGGCAGUGUGGGAGUGUGCCAAGUCCUGCUGGAAAAUGAAAUCCGCAUCUCCAUAAAAGUUGUCAGCACUGACUCCACACUGCACUGAGUUUAGACUUGAUAAUAAAACACAGUGGAUCAACACCAGCAGAUGAUCAGCAUGUCUCUCCAAACCAUCACUGAUUGAUUCGCUUGAUUUGAAUGUACUGAUGAUCAGUGAUGGUUUGGAGAGACAUGUCAUCUGCUGGUGUUGAUCCACUGUGUUUUAUCAACAUGCAUGUUAAUCAAUGCUGUAAAUACGAGCUUUUCUCAUCGUGAUGUUCCUGUUUUCUGUAUUUAUUCAUAUCCAAAAGCUUUAGCUGUGAGACACUUCCACAGAUAGUUAAUGAGUUCUGCUUUCAUCCUGUUACUGAAGAUUAGUUUUCUAAUAAUCUCUCGCUCUCUUUUUUCUUUAAUUCUCUUUAAUUCUGCUUUUUUUUUAAGGAUAUUUCAUUUUUGUUUUAUUUUUGUAAUCAGUAUUUAUGAGAUCCUGUGAUGAUGAAUCUGGCUCCUUCCUGCUGGACUGUGUUUGUGGUGUAAUAAAUCUGAUCGCUCUGCGUUUGUUUGAAUAAUUAUAAAUCAUAAAUGUGAUAUUAUUGGGAAA